AUGCUGGAUACAUUGCGGCCCGUGCUAGAAAUCCUCGCCUGGUCUUUCAGAUGCCUGUUCUCUGGAAAGCACCCAAGCUUGAACUGGAGCAACGAAGCUUACAAUGGCCGCCACAAAGCUGGCACCCCCAUUGCAGGCUGGUUCAACUCCACGAAGCGGGCAGAGCAGAUGGUUCAGCUGUGUGGACGCUUUAAGAAUUGGGCGAGCUGCAACUCGCACCGGCACUCUUUGGCAACGAUGCCCGCUGGCCUACUUGAUUUGGAGCAGGGCACUUACCCUGUCCUCAAGCUGAAGGCGUGGAAUGGACGAUUGAUGAUUCUUUUUUUGGCCGUUGCCCUGAAGGGGCUCUCGGAACCUGGCGAUGAUCUGUUGCGAAAGGAACGCCGGGCGGCGCUGGCGGCUGCCGAGUGUGUUGCUUGCAUUUUCGACAGAUCCGAGCGGGCUGCUCGACUGCUCACGGAGCAGGAGGCCGAGUCGAUCAGCGAGGCAAUUUUGAAGUUCCUCAUGAUUUAUAAACAACUGGUGAAAAUUUCGGUGUCUCGGAAUUGCCCACGAUACAAGAUUAUCCCGAAAAUGCAUGCAUUAUUGCAUGUUGGGGAGGAUGUCCGGGACACCCGCUGCAAUUUUAGACACUUUCAUUGCUUCAUGGACGAAGACUAUAUAGGGCAGAUGAAGGAGUUGACAAUCAAACUGCCAAAAGUAGGCGGCGGCCUGGAAUAUAGAUUGCUCACUCGAUGGCUGCUCCGUCUGGGUGCCUCGAGACCACUUCGUGCUGGCGCAAAGUGA